UUGAAUGGGUAUGCUAUUCCCUUUUAUUCCAAAUUACAUAUAUUUUUAUUACCAUUUUUGUAAAAUUCUUGUUGAGCCAUUAUGUUGUUGUUGUUUUUUGGUUCAUUCACAUUGUCUAUUUAAAAUUAGCUUUACAUUAUUGUUCAUGGAUUUUCCAAUAAUUAUUUGCUAUUAUUUUGUUAAUUCAUUUUUUAUAACAGCAAUAGUUUGAAUUGUGAUGGAGCUGUCAGAACUAAUAGAAAAAAGCCGUAUAGAUGGAGUCUUUCUUUGUGAAGGGCCGAGGCCACCACAAAAAGGGUCGUUGGCUUUGACCGGUCAUCAUUUGAUUUUCUCGCCAGAGAAGACUGAUUGGAAUUCACAAAUAAUUGGUGAGAAUGGAGUUUGUGCUGAAAAGUGUGCUGCAGACAGUCAUCAAAUAGAGAAUCAGGAAUUUUGGGUAUGUGAUUUGUAGGAUGAAAACUAGAAAUUUUCAGCUUUUGCAUCGAGCUGUGGACAGAGUUCUUGUUGAGCAGGUAAAUAGAAACCCUAAUGUCAAGCAAGGUGCCUAUCUUCGACUGAAAUGUAAAAAUUUUUUGCACAUUUGCUUUGAACUUGAUGAUUUACACGACUGUCAUCUUGUCGCAAGAUCAAUUGAAACUUUAUCAAAUCUUAGUGGUAUUAGACAUGAUUAUCCUUUCUAUUAUCGGUGUCCUUUUACUAUUCUUGACGAUGGUUGGAGAGCAUAUGUCAUAGAAGACAAAUUUUCUAAACUACAAUUGUUAACUGGGGAACGUUUCCGAAUCAGUUCUGUCAACAAAGAUUUUGAGACUUGUUCUUCCUAUCCCGAGCAAGUUAUUGUCCCAAAAGGAAUUGGUGAUGACUAUCUUCGAAUAUCUGCUACAUUUCGGAGUGGUGGACGUUUUCCAGUUUUAAGUUAUUAUCAUCAGAGAACUAAAUCCACAAUUUAUCGAUGCGGCCAGCCAUUAAUCGGACCAACAAGCAGGCGAUGUAAAGAGGAUGAAAUCAUUCUAAACUCAAUGCUUUCAAAAUUCUCCCAAGGAUUAAUUUAUGAUACAAGAUCAAAACUAACUGCACAGACAAGUGGCGGUUGUGAAAGUCAAAUGUAUUAUUCAAAAUGGAAAUAUGUUAAUGGAAAUGUGCCGAGGAUAAAAGAUUUGCACGAAUCAUUAACACGUUUAAUUGAAGGUACCAUAUAUUAUUAG